CGCAUGCCGGUGCAUGGAGACUCAGCACGCAGCUUGGGAAAGGAGGCACAAAUGUUGAUAAAUUCACACCUUGCUCUCUCACUGGCUCUUCUCCGCUUCCACAUUAAAAAUUGUCCUUUCUCUCUUAAAGACACAGGCACGAGUCCAUUGGCUGAAAAUAUACGACGGUCUUUCCGAUGGACAGCGACAACAAGAAUGAAGGCUGACAGGGCGGGAGCCCCUGGUCUUCCUGCCGGGCCCCUUCUCCAGCGAGCCGGCAACGGGCAAGGCCCACCUGAAGCAGUGCGAGCAGAUGGCGCUCUCCCGGCGGCAGAAGAGGCUGUGCCGACGCGAGCCCGGCCUGGCCGAGACGCUGCGCGAGUCAGUGCGCCUCAGCCUGCUCGAGUGUCGCUACCAGUUUCGCAACGAGCGCUGGAACUGCAGCCUCGAUGGCCGGGGGAGCCUUCUGAAGAGAGCCUUCAAAGAGACUGCUUUUCUCCUGGCCGUGUCGUCGGCGGCGCUGACCCACGCCCUCGCCAAGGCGUGCAGCUCGGGCCGCAUGGAGCGCUGCACCUGUGACGACUCACCCGGCAUUCAGCACCGGGAGGCGUGGCAGUGGGGGGUAUGUGGCGACAACCUCAAGUACAGCACCAAGUUUCUCAAGAGGUUCCUGAGCCAGAAAAGAGUCAGCAAGGACCUGAGAGCUCAAGUGGAUGCCCACAAUGUCAAUGUGGGAAUUCGGGCGGUAAAGAGCGGCCUGAAGACCACCUGCAAGUGUCACGGGGUUUCCGGCUCUUGCGCCGUACGGACUUGCUGGAAGCAGCUGUCUCCGUUCCACGACACGGGCCGGCUGCUCAAGUACCGCUACGACACAGCCACGCGGGUCCUGAGCGUCACAAAUGCAGCCGCCGGCGAAAGCGAGUCGGCGGGACCGCGUCGCCACGGCCAAAGCCUUCGUAGUGCCAACCUGGUCUACCUGGAGGAGUCGCCCAGCUUUUGCCGGGCCUCACGCUACUCAGCGGGCACCGGCGGACGCUCGUGCGCUAAGGACACCGGCUGCCAGAACUUGUGCUGCGGACGCGGCUACAACACGGCCGUGCGCCUCACCAGCCUUUCCUGCCACUGCCAAGUGCGCUGGUGUUGCCACGUGGAGUGCCAGACGUGCGUCCGUGAGGAGGAGGUGUACACGUGCAAGAGUACGUAGACCUGGUGGCAAACUCCGAUCCCCUGGGAACAUGGCAGAAACUGAUCGGGCUAGCCGCACGUAGCUGCUGAACUUGCCGGCGGACAAAAAAGUAUUCUGUCAAGGCGCACUUUGGAACGUGCUCUUGCUUUCAAAACAUGGAUCAGAUUGAAUCGUUCUGAGAACAGAGCUCGGUGCAAUGCGGAAACCUUAGAAUCGAGUGAAAAACGCAAGAACACUAGGGCAAUUUUUGUUGCUUUUUAAAAAGCUAAGUUUGUUUUUUUCCACUUCUCAUUGCGGGAUAUACUUGCAAGUUUUUGUACUGAUGUCGCUAUCUAUUGGUUUGGGUUAGCAGUCAGGGCCGGCCCAGGCCAUUUGGGGGCCCUAAGCAAAAUAAUGCCAAGGGGCCCAUAUUUUUGGCACACCAUUUCGUCACAGUGUACUGUGAAACCCAUACAUGCAAUCCAACCCAUACGUCCAUAUUUUGUAUAUUAAUCAGAUUUCGUUGCACUGCAUACUUCAAACUUCUCACCCCAAAUGAUUUUCAGUACUUACAGCAGAUAGUGCCAAACCUUUUUCUAAAAGAGGUAAAGAAGUUAAGGAAGAACUUUUAUUUUUUAAGCUUGAAAUAAAAUAUCAAAACACACAAAAGUCAAAUAAAGCAAACUGUAGUAAACAAAAUAGAAUAUGAAUUAAACAACUGCCAGAUUGGGGGGGCCCCCUAGUGGUCAGGGGCCCUAAGCAGCUGCAUUAUCUGCGUAUAGGCUGGGCCGGCCGUGGGUUAGCUAACACAACUGCUUUCUUAGACUGCUCUUUGGUUGUUGUUGUUUUUUUAUCUUAUUUUGUAUCCCAAUGGUACAUCACGCCGGUUAAUACAUUUUAGAGCUCAUCAACCUGUUUUCAUAAAGUGUGUUAUGCUCAGUUUAGUCACUCAGACACAACAAGUUGAAAUUUUUCAACUUCACACUCCAGUGUUCUUCAAUAUCGCUUUAUGGUUUAUAUUCAUACCAGUUUCUUAAACUAAAACAAGUACCGUCAAGUUCAAUCUUCCACGAUUCUGUGAUCAUUUCCCUAAAGUUUUUGAUCUAAAUAUUACAUCACACGAACAUGACACUACAUUUCAUGACCAAUAACAGCAUUUGAUAAACUUUUCAUGAACACUUUUGACUUAUUUCAUCCAUUUUUUUUUUCACAUAAACUUCACCAUCAGUUGACGCGCCUUGAGGCCGAUCCGCAGCUUAGAAAAACUUCAAAUAUUUUUAAAACCAAAGCAGCUAGCGAUCUAAAACCAAAACAGGCACCUCCCUAAGGCAUAUGUGAGUCUCCAUGAGCAGUGACAUAAAAAAAUUCAAAGUCGAUCCCUAAUAAAAUCCCAAUCAUUUAUUUAAUGCAAGUACAACAAAACAUAAAAUGGCUAUAAAAUUCUCAAAUAUGACGCUAGAUGCACAAAAAUCCCCAAAUCCAGAGAUAAUUACCUAUAUUUACAGAAUCAAUAGCCAUAUUUAACAUACCGUAAUUUUCAGACUAUAAGCCGCUACUUUUUUCCUUCAUUUUGAUUCCUGCGGCUUAUAGUCCAGUGCGGCUUAUUUGUUGAUUUAUUUGGGAUAAUAGGGAACACUUUAUUUGAAAGCAGUGUCAUAAGACUGUCAUAAGACCGUCAUAAUUAUGACAUAAUACUAGGGCUGCAGCUAUCGAUUAUUUUAGUAGUCAAUUAAUCGAUGAAUAUUUAGUUCGAAUAAUCGAGUAAUCGGAUAUGGAACAUAAAAAUUAAAAUACCUGAAACGGUAUUAAAAAUAAAUAUAUAAAUGAGGAUCUAUGUACAACAACAAAAAAAUUGGCUAACUUACAUAGUAAAAGUCCGCUAGCUUAAAUGCUAUAAAAUGCUAACUUUUUUUUUUUUUUUACAACGGUCUUAUCAAAUGGUUCAGACACUUAUUCCCACAAAAAAAUGGCUAAAUAUACUUAUAAACUAAAAUAUGAAUGCGUUAAAAAAAAAAAAAACUAGCACAAACAAAAACUUAGCUUAGGUUGGUAUUAACAGGGAGCAGCUGGAUUCAGCCAUGUGAAAUGAGGCAGACUAGAGGGCAGUGGAUCCAAAUCAAUACAGCUAAAUGCAACCACUUUCAAAACAAAGCAUUACAAGGCCACUUUAAUUAAACGAAUACUCGAAGCGGCAAAACUUUAAUUCGAAUCUUUUUUUCCAAUCGAAUACUCGAGUUAAUCGAUUAAUCGUUGCAGGACUACAUAAUACUAUCAUGGGCAAUACUGAUUCCUUAUGCAAAUCAUUUCACUAACUCCAUUUAUGUCCAGCUCGGAUCUUUUACAUCCAUUCAAAGGCGAGAUAAUUUGCCGGAUAUCACCAAAUGACAUCUGUUACAAGCAUUCAUUAUUGCUCAUGACAGUGUCAUGUCAUGAUUAUGACUGUCUAAUGACAGUUUUAUGGCGCCGCUGUCAAAUAAAGUGUUCCCAAAUACUAUAACUAGCAAUUAAUAAAACAACUGGAACAGUAACUGAAAAAAUAAUUAGCACAGAACAUGAAUUUUGUUUGUCAUUUACAUCUGUAGCGCUGCAAUGCAUGCUAGGAGGCAUGUUGAACAACAACAGCAUUGACAGCAGGUGGCAGCAAAGGUUGACUUUCUCCCCCAAGGGAGUAGUGAUGGCCAAAUGAAGCUUCUUGAAGCAAUGAAGCUUUGCAGCCUUUGGUUCAAAGCUUCAUGGUGGUUCAUUUUGUCUUAUGACAGACACUUAUAAUACAGUGAGGACAGCUGCGGCUUAUAUUCCAGUGCGGCUCAUCUAUAAACAAAUGCUGUUUUUGAGUCAAAUUUUUUUGAGCAGCUAUAAAUCACUCAAUUUUCACAUCAGAAACUUAAUACAUGAGGAAAGCAUGCAGAAUCACUCUAAUUUUACUCAACAAACGCAAAAUCAGCAUUUUUCUAUAUACAAUCACAACUUAUUUAGGUGGAAUUCCGAUGUUACUAUUGCUUUAGCACGUCUUGCCGGCUGUCUGGCCCUCGUUGUUUUUAGAUUGAAGUGUUACAUAAAAUAAAACACUCAAAAGGCGAAUUUUUUCGUAUGGAUGCAGAAAUGUCUAAAUUACUACUUUUUUGCCAAAAAAACGGGCAGUUGGCCGAAAAUUAUCUGAUCAUUUGAAUGUAAAGUUACGCUACUGUUUAUGAAUGGGGGCAUCACAAAACGAAGAGCUUUUUAAAUUGAAAAUUCUUGUAAAUAUAUGCGUACAUCCUCCAAUUUCGAUAGAUAUGAACAUAAAACAGUCUAGAUUCUUGGUUAAAAGCACAAAAACGAGCAGUUAUCAGUUCAUUUUACGUAAAUAUUUCAAAUUAGUUCCGCUAUUGUGUCAUAAAACGAAGAGCUUUUUAAGUUGAAAAUUCUUGUAAAUAAAUGCGUAAAUCCCAGAAUUUCUAUAGAUACAAUGUGAUGAAAAAGUAUCUGAACAUUUAGGAAUUUCUUGUGAUCUGAUCUUUGUCAAAAUCACACAGAUGAAAAAACAGUGUCUGCUUUAACUAAAACCACCCAAACAUUUAUAGGUUUUCAUAUUUUAAUGUGGAUAGUAUUCAAACGAUGACAGACAGGGGAAAAAUAAGUAAGUGAACCAUCACAUUUAAUAUUCUGUGCCCCCCCCCCCCCCUUUGGCAGCAAUAACUUCAACCAGACGCUUCCUGUAGCUGCAGAUCAGUCUGGCACAUCGAUCAGGACUUAUCUUGUCCCUUUCUUCUCUACAAAACUGCUUUCAUUCAGUCAUAUUCCUGGGAUUUCUGGCAUGAAUCACUGUCUUUAGGUCAUGCCACAGUAUCUCAAUGGGGUUCAAGCCUGGACUUUGACUUGGCCACUCCAGAACGUGUAUUUUGUUCUUCUAAAACCAUUCUGAAGUUGAUUAUUUCUUGUGUUUUGGAUCAUUGUCUUGUUGCUGCAUCCAUCCUCUUUUUAGGUUCAACUGUCUGACUGACAGCCUCAGGUUUUCCUGCAAAAUAUCCUGAUAAACUUUUGAAAUAAUUCUUCCAUUAAUGAUAGCAAGUUCUCCAGGCCUUAAGGUAACAAAGCACCCCCAAAUCAUGAUGCUCCCUUCACCGUGCUUCACGGUGGGGAUGAGGUGUUGAUGUUGGUGCCAGUGAUUUCUAAGUCUUUAGCAGACACUCUAAGGUUCUUUUUUUACCUCUAUGAGUAUUCUGCGCUGAACUCUUGGCGUUAUCUUUGGUGGACAGGCACUCCUUGGGAGAGAAGCAACAAUGCCAAACUCUCUCCAUUUCUAGACAACUUCUCUGCCUGUCGAUUGAUGAACAUCCAGACCUUUAGAGAUGGUUUUGUAGCUUUUACCAGCUUUAUACAAAUCAACAAUCCUUGAUCACAGGUCUUCACACAGCUCUUGUGACCGAGCCAUGAUGCACAUCAGACAAUGCUUUUCAACAAGACAAUUCUUACCAGGUGUGUGUUUUAUAGUGGGCCACGCAGCUUUAAACCACUCAUCAGUGAUUGGGCACACAGCUGACAUAAAUUGUUUGGUAAAAAUUAGUUUCUAUUGCUCUUUAAGUCUCCUUAGGCAGACACUGUUUUUACACCUGUGUGAUUUUGUCAUAGAUCAGAUCUCAUUUGAUGGUGAUAUUCUGCAGGAAUGUGAGAAAUUCCAUUAGGUUCAGAUACUUUUUCGUACCACUGUAUGAACAUAAAACAGUUUAGAUUCUUAGUUAAAAGCAAAAAAAAAAAAAAAAAAAAAGGGUCGUUAUCAUUAAUUUUAUGGAAUUAUUUCUAGCUAGUUGCGCUAAUUUUUCCAUUCACUUUUCAUUAAUUUUCAUUCAUUUUUUUCACAACGUUUCAAAAUACAUGCAUGGUGCUAUUUCAUACAACAAUUACCUUGAAUCCUCGACCAAAUCAAUUUUAAGACACUCCUGUCUGCUUGUAUGCAGUACAACUUUCGUCUUUUUUCCACCUAAAUCCGCCAUUUGAACGCAGCGUUUGAGUUUAUCACACGCUCUGCCUGGGUCGGCCCCCUCCGGGAAGGCGAGGCGCAAUGUCUGUAGGAGCUGUCUAGUCAACUGAUGGUGAAGUCUAGAUUUUUUUUUCAUUUUAAUUUUUCCUUUGUGCUGAAUGCACUGAAAAUUUCCAAAGAGCAUUUCAAACAGGUACUGGACAUUAUUAAGUGCAUCUGUUCUACUGCUGCUGCUUUUUGCAAUUGUAUUCGUCUACGGCUUGCAUAACGCUAGCGUGUCUGGAAAUUGGGGUCAUGUCACAACAAACUGCCAAUGAUAAAACACAUAGGUUGUUACAUAAACAUAUUCCUAAUCUCUAUCUACCAGAUUCGCACUUUUGCAGUUUCCACUAAAUUCUUGUGCUUAAAAAACAUUGGCCCACUAGCUUCCUUUCGUUAGCUUCCACUAGCUUCCGUUAGCUAGCUAGUAAUAGGGUGAGUUAUCAACCACGUGCCAGUGAUGCCCUCAUUUCCAGACACGCCCUCGUCUUGCAAGCCACAGACAGACUUUACUAACUUUUUGUGUUUUAUGCUGUCUCAUCUGCUGUAUUAAAAAAAAAAAAAAAGCCAACUCAUUAGUUGCCAUUGACAACGCUAGACGGCCAAUGCAUUUGAUGCAUUCAAAUGGAUUGGAUGUCUAUUCAAUUCAUGGCAGAAACAUGAAAAGACCUUUCAUCGCCCUUACAAAAAUGGCCUCAGGGCGGCCAUGUUGGUAGGGGCAAUGUUCCCGUCAAAGUCGAUGCCUUGACAAUAAAAUGAAUUCAUAACUAGCAUAUUUCUCAACCAGUUUUUAAAAGAUUUUAUCCAGUGGCUGCCAUUGACUAUGCUAGACGUCCAGUCCAUUUGAAAUUGGAGGUUAGGCAGCUAAUGAACGAUCGCUGUCAACUAGGGUUGUUCCGAUCAUGUUUUUUUGCUCCCGAUCCGA